AAUGGAGGAUGGGCGUCAAGGAUUCCAUUCGUUCAGCGAUACUCGGACGUCGAGCAGAAGGGCGUCCGGUAGCGAGGCAAUCCGCAAACGAGUAGCUCAGCUCUUUCAAACCCCCUCUAGAUCUAUCACUGAGGCCGCCCUCGACGAGUUCGUGACUAUCAAUAGAACUGAACUUCACCGCCGAAACCUGUCCUCUCCCGGCAGCUCGUCCUGUGAUACAAGUCUAGGUCACACGCACCGGCAUGAGACGAACGAUGCUUCUAUCCUUUCCACCCUCCAUCCCACACGUCCGGUCAAGAGAAAGAAGUCUACUUCGUCCAUCAACAUUUCGCGGCAUUCCGAUCAAUCUGAGAACAGGAACGCGGAGAUGAGUGCACUUCGAAUCCAAUCACCACCCCACAUGUCCUCUUCCCGGAAAAAGGGGAAAGCUCUCAUAACACGGCACCCCUAUCAUCACCAACACGAGUCGCGUCUAUCUCGAGCGCAAUACGAGGAAGAUCGAGAGUCUUCUUACACAGGACCAAUAGCCGUUGCUGAAUACGAGAGAAUGAGAAAGGAAAUAGAAACAUUGAAGGCCGCCCUGUACGAGAGCAAGAAGUCAUGCAAGAAGCAGACCAAGAUAUUGGAAGAAACAAAAUCCGAAAUAAAUGCAUUGACGCUGACUUUGCAAGAGAAGGAGUCAGAAGUUACUAGGGUCAGAAGCGACCACGCUAAACGCGAGGAGCUUUUGUCAACGAUCGAAUCAUCGGUUCAAUGCCAGAUUUGUAUGGAUCUGCCAGACAAACCCUUCGGGCUUGCACCGUGUGGGCACAUUCUAUGCCUGUACUGCCUUCAAGAGUGGUUCCGAAAAGCGCCACCAACCCUCGAUGACAUGGAUAUCGAACCUGAUGAACUGACCGACCCGCAGUACACCCUCAUGCGAACUAAAUCCUGUCCUUCGUGCAGAGCAGUUGUUAAACGUCGCCCCGUACCAGUCUUCAUGGUCAAAGCGAUCGCGACGGCUCUACGAAGUGCGAAGCCGUCUUCUCCUGGGUCAUUGGGUAGACCUCCUGAAGAAGCCAUUGACGAAGACCCAUGGAAGGGAAUUUUUCCUUCAAGUGAGACAGACGAAGAGGACGGCCGUGAUGACGAGGACGAGGACUCUAGCUCUGAAUCGUCAGAAGUGGAAAUUCUCACUAUGAAUCCCCCGCGUUAUUACGGGCGAACGCCGCUUCGACGAACUAUUUUCUUUGAUUCAAGCGACAGCGAUGUCGGGAUCGGCGAAGAGGACGGGUUUGAUAGCGAAAAUGACGAUGCUAACGAAAUUGAAGAAAACGAAAGCGACGAUGAAGAGGAUGAUGCAAGACUGCCUCGAUAUGUUUUGCCACACUGGACACCUCCGACCGUCUUUGUUAGUCCGGAAGAAUACGAUACACCAGCAGAUGAUCCUCCUGAUACUCUCAAGCUCCUUCGACGAGGGUGCACAAUGGAGAUGCUACAGAACUACGACAUUUCCUACCGUCAUUCCACAGGCAUCGUUCUCUAUUUGCGUUCGCUGAACCAUCUCUAUGCAUCGGACGAUGAUAGUAGCGAGGACGACGGUGAUGCCGAGGGCAUGCACCGUAUCUAUCUAGGUUGGAGCGUUAAACUCCACCCUCUCGACGUCGACGGGGAGAUGUUCGUCAGCGACCUCCUGGAGGACAUCAAGACGGAGCCCGAGCGGUGGCAACUGACACCUCGUGCCGGUUUUCUGGGGAAGAUGGACGUUCGGAAGCUUGUGCCCGUGAUAACCAUCGAGGAAUACGACACCACGGAUUCAGAACUCUGGGCUGGCACCGAGGAUUUGUG